GAGGGGCUGUGCUAAGGGGGUCUCUGCCUCGCAGGGGCUGGCUGGCCUGGAGCCCCAUGUUUCCCUCCCUCCUCCUGGCCCUGCUCCUCACCUACGUCUCCGUGCCCUUCGUCGUCUACCUCUUCCCCGCCGUGCUCACCAAAUUCGUCUUCCUGAACUUCCUGUCUUUCCCAUUCUUCGCCGACCUUCGGCGGCCGGAGCUGCUGCUGAACAACACCAUCAGCCUGUACCUCGCCACUGAGCCGGGCGUCACCGUCGGCAUCUGGCACACGGUGCCGGGCAGCCGAGGGGCCGAGGCGCAGGGCAAGGACCAGCCGAGCCACCGCGUCCAGUUCCUGAAGACGAUGGGGGCUGCCGACUUCCACAUCCUGGCUCUGGACUACAGAGGCUAUGGGGACUCCAGCGGGCUCCCCACAGAGAGUGGCUUCACCACCGGGGUCCAGGUUGAUGCCGUGGUCCUGGAGUCACCCUACACCAACAUCCGUGACGCAGCCGCCCACAUCCCCCUCACCAAGAUCUACCGCCAGUUCCCAGGUUUCGAGUACCUCAUCUUGGACUCGCUGGCCCAGGGCGACAUGUUCUUCCGCAGCGACGAGAA